AUGAGUGAUAUGAAAAGUGACAAAUCGAUGAGCUCAAAGCAUAAGCACGAUAAGGAUAAAGAUAAAGACAAAGAUAAGAAGGAUAAAAAGGAUAAGGAAUCUAAGCAUUCAAAGAAAGAUAAGGAUUCCAAGGAUAAAAAAGAUAAGGAAUCACAUCAUCACCAUAAAAAGUCGGAUGCUGAGCAAAGGAGUAGGGAUAAGGUUAUUGAUGAUACCACGCCUGCAGGGCAACGGCAUAAUUUCUGGGCACAUGAACAGAUAGAACCAACUGAUGAUCCAUUCGAAGAUGAUUUCGGUGAAAACAUUACAAAACCACUUAGAAAUUAA